GGUGACCAGCCAAACCCAUACAGCGCGCGCGCAUGGAGAGAGCAGCACCUCUCCACCUGAACAACUCGACCUUCCCACGGAGGACAACACGACACGCACAGUUAUACAUUUAUUAGGAACUUGGGAACCGAUAGCUGCGUAUGGUUUGCUGUAUGUCAAUGAUUUAGCCGUACAAAAGUUCCGAAAAAACAAAAACAAUGCGGAUUAAGUGUGUGCUGUCCUUAUAGUGCGCUCUUUUAAACUGAAAUCGGGGAUGAAGGUGAUGUGCUGGCUCUUGAUGUUGGAUCUUACACGAAAAGACAUUCAGUCAUCAAAUAUUUAUUGAUCACUGAAACUGGGAAGAGUGGAAAAAAGUGGAAGAGCGCCUGAAGCCCAGAGGACGAUGCGUUGCGUUUGAGCCCCUCAGUGACGUUCCUUUGCCAGUGCUAAAUAUGGCAACCCUGGGGUCCAUGUGCAACAAGUCAAUCUUGAGCUACGCCAACCAGUCCGAUGACAUCACCAAUACUUCCCAUCACCUGAACGAAAGCUCGCAGGCCGACGAAAACAGCACGGAGGUCCUGGCCGUGAUAUACCUCGUCGUGUUCGUCGUGGGUCUGACGGGAAACUCCCUGGCCAUUUUCGUGGUCCUGCGCUACACCAAAAUGAAGACGGUCACCAACAUGUACAUCUUGAACCUGGCAGUGGCCGACGAGCUGUACAUCCUGGGACUGCCAUUCCUCACCGCCCACAACGUGCUCACCUACUGGCCGUUCGGAAACUUCCUCUGCCGUAUCCUCAUGUGGGCGGACUCCAUCAGUCAGUUCACCAGCACAUUCUGCCUGACAGUAAUGAGCAUUGAUCGCUACAUGGCUGUGGUGCAUCCUAUCCGCAGCGCGCGGUGGAGGCGACCCAGUGUUGCCAAGGUGAUAAAUAGCAUGGUAUGGGCGCUGUCCUGUCUGCUGACACUGCCGGUCAUCAUUUACUGUGACGUUCAGCCGGAGCUCAACACCUGCAACCUGAGCUGGCCCGAGCCGCAUGACGUGUGGUCGACCGCCUUCAUCCUCUACACCGCCAUCUUGGGCUUCUUCUGCCCCCUGAUGGUCAUCUGCCUGUGUUACCUGCUCAUCGUGAUCAAGGUGAAGUCGGCCGGGGCGCGGGCCGGACUCUCCAAGCGCCGCAGGUCCGAGAAGAAGGUGACGAGGAUGGUGGUGAUCAUCGUGGUGGUGUUCGUGCUCUGCUGGCUGCCGUUUUUCAUCCUCAACAUCAUCAACGUGAUCAGCACGCUGCCGGAGAACGGCGUGGUCACCGGCGUCUACUUCCUCACCGUCAUCCUGACCUACGUCAACAGCUGCGCCAAUCCGCUGCUCUACGGCUUUCUGUCGGACAACUUCAAGAGGAGCUUCCAGAAAGUGCUGUGCAUCCACAGGGUCAACGGGGUCAGCGACGCGCUCCCUAGCCGCGCACGCCUGAGCGUCAACCAUCACAACGAGCCCUUCAUCCCUCCGAGGAGCUUCGACCCAAACGAACACGUCCAGAGCUAUCAAUCCAUUGGUUUGGAGGCCGACCCCUGUGCCAAAACUGAAAUCCAGCGACCUGGACCACUUGUGAUGAGCCAGUCCAUUUAAAAGUCCUGUGGCAGGAAAGUUGGACAGAUUUUACACACAUAAAUGCAACUGUUCUGUUCAAGUAUGCCGUCUAAGUGAAGUCAUUCCUGCAAACAAACACUCCCUAGUGCACAAACACGACGUGUUGCCAUAUUAAUAUAAAUCUUCUGUGAGAAGAAGUCAGUGAUGUUAUAUGUGACUGUAAAAAUCAGUGAUGUUAUACUGUAUGUGACUGUAAAUAUGUAUUAUAAUGACAAACGGCUCAUCGUUUUGUUCAGCAUGACUGAAUGAAACUGGGAAUCUGUUCGUCCACGACCUUUGGACCAAUUUGGACGUUUUAAGAGAGGAAGUGCCUUCUGCUGUUACAUUUUGAUGGAUCAUUGAUAAUUUGGUGGCGGUUCUCUCAAAAAAAGCUAUCUUGGUGGAUUUUCACCCUUAAAGUAGAGUGAUACCCAGACUUACAUUUCAUAUGAAUUUGGUUGGAAAUACCAUAGCUUAUUUAUUAAAGUCUUUAGACAAAGCUAUUUAUGAUGGAUGUAGAAGUUCAAUAGUUGGAGAAAAAAUGCCCCAAACGUCCUGCAGAGACCGAAAUCGAAAUGUUUUUCUUUAAUCUGGGUGGAAAAAGUAUACCUCUUUAAUGCAACCUUAGUGUUGACUUUGUUUGUCUCAUUGCUAAUAAACCUGAGCUACAGAGUUACAAUCCAAAUGCAACCAUGGUCAUCUUAUAAUAUUCUCUCAUAACUUGUGUGUAAUUCUAGUAAAAGACAUGGAUAUCUGAUUAUUAUGUGCUGUAUAUUGUAAACAAUCUGGCUUAUUUGUAUAAUCCUGUCGGGCACAUAAACAGUUGCUUACCUUCAAAAAUAAGGAGGAUUGAAAAAAUGCAGACAGAUUUUAUUUAAAUUUCUGAUUUCAUUUUUUUGUUUCCAGGGCCAAAAGCUCAGCUGAUUUUUCCGUACUUUAUUAGCUUUAGAUUUACAGAGAGUGUACACAUUAAUAGACACUUUUGUAGGUCAUUUUAGCCAAUUUUCAACUAUAUCCCCCGGGCUGGUACAAUGGUGGAAACAAAAAAACAGACAUGCAGAGGUUAGAAUACUUAAUAAAAGGUUAAAUGGA